AUGUGCAUGCGCAGGAUCAAGCAGUGCACAGCGGUGACGCAGGAGGACCUGCUGGCGCUGCACCACGAGAUGGCGCACGUGCAGUACUACAUGGCGUACGCCGACCAGCCCGUUGUCUUCCGCACCGGCGCCAACCCAGGUUUCCACGAGGCCCUGGGCGACGCGAUGGCGCUGUUCGCAGGGAACCCAAAGCACCUCCAGCGCAUCGGCCUACUCGCCAACAUCACCGACGACCACGAGUCGCAAAUCAACUACCUGAUGGGACUGGCUCUUGAGAAAGUGGCUUACCUUCCUUUCGCAUACAUCGUGGACAUCUGGCGGUGGGGGGUGCAGGCGGGCCGCUGGGGCGCGCACGACAUGAACGCGCGCUGGUGGGAGCUGCGCCUGCGCCACCAGGGCGUGGUGCCGCCCGUCGCCCGCGCCGAGCACGACUUCGACCCCGGCGCCAAGUACCACGUGGCCGCCGACAUGCCCUACGUCAGGUACUUCGUGGGACUGGUGCUGCAGUUUCAGUUCCUGGAAGCCCUGUGCCUGGCCGCCGGCCACUACGGGCCUCUGCACGAGUGCGACAUCUACAGGUCCAGGGAGGCGGGCCGCCUUCUGCAGCAUGAUAAAGUGAAACAAGAGCUCCGACGCGAGAAUGGCUGA